AUGGCUAAUUCAAGCUCAAACUCGCCAGAAAAGUUCGACAUGACCCACACCGCCCUCUCUUGUACUUUUGUUGUGGUCAUUAUGAUCCUAGCCAUUCUGGGUAACGUGUUGGUGAUCCUAGCAUUUAAAAGUUUUCGUCGACUCCGCCGAGUCACAAACUACUUCGUGGUGUCAUUGGCGGUUACAGAUAUUCUUGUAGCAGUUGUCUCUAUGCCAGUGUGGCUUACCUACAUUAUUUCUGGUCCUUCUCUUUUCAAGAGUAAACCGUUGCUCCACGUUUUGUGGACAGCAACUGACAUUAUGGUCUCUGUAGCGUCUAUUUGGAACCUUACAUUUGUCAGUAUAGACCGCUAUCUUUGUAUUACGGGGCCACUUUAUUACCAUGUACGUAUGACUUCAAAGCGAGCUAUCGUUAUCAUCUCCGCUGUAUGGGUAUACUCGAUUAUAGUUGCUUCCGUCGCUCCUACGUUCUGGCAUUUGGAUUUGUACACUCUGGCGGUUGUAGUGCUGAAUUACGGAAUCCCAGUGAUCAUCAUUCUUUUUGCAUAUGUGAACAUCUUCAAAGCCGCCCGCUUUCAAGCGAAGCAAAUCGACUUGAACGUCAAUGGAAAAUCCAGACGAUUUUCUCUUACCGUGGAAUUAAAAGCAGCCAAAACUUUGGGAGUGGUAAUCGGGACGUUCAUUGUAUGUUGGUCCCCUUUCUUCGCCCUCAAUUUGACCUAUUUUAUCUGCCGCUGCCCUCCCUCGCCUCUGAUUGUAUCUAUGGCCAAAUGGAUGCAUUAUGGAAACUCCUUCCUUAAUCCAUUGAUCUACGGACUUAUGAAUAAGGACUUUAGAUUCGCAUUUAAGAAGCUGUGUACGAAAUAUUUGACAGAUAAUUCGGGGAACAACGAUCGUCUAAGACAGUCUUUUGGCAGCACCGCUCCUAUUGAAAAGGACAAAUCGAAAAUUCCACUGCAACAGAAAAGCACAAGUGUUUAGUACUUCAUAUAAUGUUUUCUAAUUCGCCAUUUGCACAUCUUCCAUAAUACACCUCUUUUGCCCUACAAAAUUUUGCGUUGUGCUCAAUUUCUUCUGGGACUGCUUUAAUACCCAGGAGAAUCCGAAGGAGAAAUUCAAAACAAAAAUCAAGGUUAUGCUAAUUUGGGGGUGGGAAGGAGGAAGGGGAUUGUGAGGGCGUAAACAAGGUGUAUUAUGGGAGAUGUAUUAUGGGAGAUGUGCAAAUGGAGAAUUGCAGUGUUCAAAUCAUGCUUUGUAUUAUUGUGCCUAAUCGGCGAACAGCAUCGCCUGAGUUAUUUUCGUGAGCUCAUAUACGACGGCUAUUGUCUCGCCAUACUACAAUAUAUUGCACUUAUCCGGUUCCGUUCACCAAGGUUCACUUUCAUUUUCCAUUAUACUAACAAAACUAGAAACGAAGGAACUACUGAUGACUCGGGAAAACGUUCGGAUACUGUCAGCGGAACCAUUCCAAUUUGCACCGUUGUUUCAUAGUUACGGUUUAAGUACACACACGUUAUAAGGCCUGAAAAAAAGUCCAAGAAGUAAAGAGGCGAUAUCAUUGUGCUUGAAUAUUCACGGAUAGGAACUGGGCUCGAUCUUGUUAUGCAUCAGAUACAGGGGCGGAUCCAGGAUUUUUUUUAGGAGGGGGUGCACUCGUCUCUUGCUCUACUUCAACACUAAUAAACCACUUAGUCUUUUUUUUGCAGAAUACCAGUUGUAUUAGAAAACCGCAGGUCAUCUCACGGGGGGGGGUGCGCACCCCCUGCACCCCCCCCCUAGAUCCGCCUCUGAGAAAAAAAAAAAAAAAAAAUAUCCAGAUUUAGCGUCCACACGAUUCAUAGUGUAUUAAAAAAUUUCCUCUCUAGAGAGCGGGUAAAAAAUAGUUUCUGAUUCGUAUGCCAGAUCAAGCGGAUACGUGUGGACAGAAGCCGAAUCUGCAAAGAAAAAGUUGCGGAUUAAAAAAUAUCCGGUAUUGACCAACAACAAACAGAGCGGGGGCAGCUGUAGUGUCAACUGUUAGUAGUAAUUUUUCAGUUACAUACCGUGAGGAAUAAAUGUAAAGGCUAAUUUAUACAUAAUUGUUGAUCUGGGCCCGAUAGAAAGAAAUCAUAAUAAAUUUACGACCAACACAAAAGUCGGCCCCAUUUUUCUUGUCUUUUGUUUACUUGACAAGAAUUAAAUUGACUCUAGAAAUCGUAGCCUGUACAUUGGUUGCUACCGAAGAGUAUCAUGGAUUUGAGGGAUUUUUUGCUGUAACCGUAACGACUUUUAGCUCGAUGGGAGAGUUUAAUUUUCAUUCGUGUUUUUCAGGUGUGGGAUAAUUCAGUCUCCUUAAUCACCUGGCCCAUCCCUUAAAAGGAGGAUUCUUGGUAGUGGCUUAGAGUUAAUUUGUUUUUUAAAAAGCAAUAAGCUUGAAUUUGAUUGCUUAACUCAUUAUAAGCAUAUAAACAGAGGCUUUUAAGUACUGACUAAAUCUAUAUUAUAGGUUUGAAUAAAACCGGUUUGAUCCCCCAAGGGAAACAAACUGUAAACAUUGUCGUCGUAGAAAAAAUUUCCAGCUGGGUAGGGAAACACCGCAACUACAACCGCUCCACGCCUCAAGGAAAGGGUUUUGUCCAGGUGGCAAUGAGACUGGCGACUGUAUUUGCAGGAAUGGGAUGUUAAAGAAGUUUCUAUAUUUUGUUUGCAAUAUUUCCAGCGUUCCCACUUUUGACCCAAACCGAGUUAAUUGCAGUAUCGUUUAAUUGGUUAUUAAAAACGUCCUGCUUAUUAAAUGUUUAAUUACGAAUAUAUAAAUGGGUGGUUUCGGAAUCCAUUCUGUAUUCAGUGGUUAUUACUCGAUCAUCAUCUAAACUUCUCUUUAGCAGCUGGGUAAGAGAAAUUCUAUAUUAAUUAUUUUACUUUAUUUGCAGCUACAUAUUGUUUUGAUAGAGUCGAAAUCCAUGUCCGACCACGGUGGGGACGGGAGGGGAAAAGUCAAGGUUAAUAACGCCUCCCUCCAAAACCGUCCUCCGCCCCCAAUCUAUUCCCCAAUCUCUUCCCCAAGCUUCACCGGCCACGAAGGACUAUGGCCGCCCGUAAUCUCAACGAUCUUACGAAAAAAUAAGGACUGUUGUGAACCCUCAACCAUCAAGUGGAACCUUUUGUACUUAACGCUGGUCUGAAAUUCACUAGAAGUGCAAAUUGGGCAUCAUGCAUAAGGCGAUUACGGAUACCACUCAACCAGUCUGACUGAGAAAUCAACAAGGUCCUAUUUAACAGGUCACGCGUGGACCAUAGGAUGUAGUCCACACUCAGAAAUUGCAUUCACCCCUAAACACUUUCACAAAAUAAAGGUCUUUUCCCCGAAAAGUAUGGGUAUACCCCUAAUGAAUCCCGUCGGUGCUCAACCGGGAGGGGGCGGAUAUUAUUAACAAUAGCCUAUUCGAAUCAUCAGAGUCGUUGAUGAGAUCAAUGUCGUGUUUCUCUGUAGACUGGUCUUCAUAAAACCUGUUCUGACCAAAGCUGUCAUAACAACUGCUGUGAGGCCAGCCCCUGCCAACAUGGAGGUACGUGUCAUGAAGUGUGUGACGUCACAAAGAGAAGAUUUCACUGCACAUGUCCUCAUGGCUUCAGUGGAUAUAAGUGACAAAAAUCGUGCUGCCGUCGGCAAUAAAAUCACGCAGAGUUGUGAUGCUGCCUCAAAACAACAAAUCCAAUGGUAUCUACAGCAUCGUGGACCAAAACAACAUUUUGUUCCCAGUGUACUGCGACUUUGGUUCCAAGCCCGGUAUGGCAUGGACUCUGUUCCACUCUCACUCUUUGCAAAACAAGGUCGCUUGUAGAAAAUCAUUUUACCGUCACGACCUGCGUGCCAGUCAACCAAGAUGAACCUGAAUGGAAUAGCUACCGUCUGUCAAUUUCCCGCAUGAAGUCAAUCCAACACUUCUCCACUCCUUGGCGAGACACUUGUAAUUUUCCAACCGAUAGUAUGGGCUACCAAGAUUACUGGAGAGUCUCCCUAACUAAUAUGGAUCUUCUUGUAAACGCCUCCCACAAAUGAAUCCUGUCUUUUCUCUGAUUUUAUCAACGUGGUUGGAAAUUACUGCAGCAACUGCAUGGGUUUAACAGCCUACAGUGACAUAUUUGCUCUGCAUACGGACAGCCCGUUUAGCUACUCAAAAGGGUGUGAAUUUAACGGAACACUUGGGGCCGUUUACGAUGAAGAUAACUUUGGAAUUGAUGGAGAAAGUAACUCUGCUUUCCGCUGCAUGCACCUCUUCCUCGGCUUCGACCACUCAGUUCUGGUUUGGAAAACAUGAUUUAAAUGUGUUAAAGAAAAAAAUUAGUCAGGGGCGACCAUGUUCUUCACUUCAGAAAUUCUAGAGAGAAUAAGUACAUUCUUUGGGGGCAGCGAUUUCUUGGAUAGUUUGGGUGGACAUGCGUAGUUAUGAUGGGUGAAUGAAUGAAUGAACUUUAUUUAUCGCCGAUGACGUGGGGAAUGGUCACCCAGUUUCCCGAGCCAGGCGCUCAUGUAUAAAACUCUCGACUAAAGGAAAAAAAAAAAAUAAUAAUAGCAAGUGACAGUAAGUUACUACGGGGAAAAUACGAUUGAAUAAUCGAUAAAUAUUAAAAAAAUAUGGUAUAAGAAUCCUGAAAGAUAUCUACAAUAAAAUUAAGAAAUUAAUUAAAGACAUUAAAUUAAGGUGGUACCGGAGGCUAACCUCACCAUCUCCGAUUGCGUUAAUUUUUUGCGACCUGGUAGAUCACAUUUAAAUGAGACCGUGUGCCAAGUUUCAAGUCCGGGAAGGUACGCGUUUCCGAGAUAUAAACGAGAAAAGUUCUGUUGUUAUGGGCCAUUUCGCGGGAAAAAUAAAGGCGACAUACUGCGCUUCACGUGGUUUCGGGCGACUAAAGAAAUCCCCAAAGACUCUGUUGGUGACAGAUGUGUUGACAUAAUCACCAAAACGAAACACAAAAUAGUAACGUAGUAAUAGUAACGUAGACCACACCCUAAAAUUCUUCACAUUCCACGAAUUCCACGAAACUUACCAAGAUAAAAAUAUUUCUUUUCUUUUUUAUGCAUAAUGAUUUAUCACACCGUAAAAUUUUAAGACAGUCUAACAAAUCCUUCAUCCAAUUAUGUAUUCACAAACUUGAGGUAAAAAGGUCCAAAUUAGCCUCCGGUACCACCUUAAUACCUUGGAUUAAUCCUUUAUCCCGGACCAAUCCGAUCUGAAUUAUACGCUUGAUAUCUUUUAGUGCCUACUUGUGUAAGUAGAGUGAGAGUAUCAGACUAGGGUGUAUAAAAGCGUACUUCCCUGCAGACAAACUUCAAAUAUUUCUCUAAACAAACAAACUGGUAUCCUUUGCCUUUGCAUGUGUUGCAUAGAAGGAAUAAGGGUGGAGUAGCCAAAUAAUGAAAAGAAGCAUAGUUACUCUGAGGUUAUGGCAGGCUUGCCUUUGGCUAUGUCUAUACCGAGAAUACUAGUUUAUCACUCGAUGAAUGUGAUUUAUUAUUUCACGAUUCACGCUAGAGUGACAAUGAACACAGCGUUAUACAAAGUUUUUGUGCUUUGGUUAUGAGAACAAAAGUUUGUAGAGAUAAAGAACUAAACAAAUAUUAAGAAACCGAAACCAAAAUUCCAUUGUGACGCCCAAUUCCUAAUUUCGUAUGUCGCCUUCGGCUUUGUCAACAAGAGAUCUGGGUUCGAGAUUACCGCAUUUCCGUCCUUUUUUCAUUUUUUUUAAAAUACGAGAUCCUGCUACAAUGUCACCGUCAGUUUCUUUUACAAGGUGCCUAAGUGGUCAUAUAAAUUCGACUCAAGUGAAUUAUCAGCAUGACGUCAUAUUCAGCGUAUGUGGACUCCUCUGGAAACCGACUUCUAAUUUCCAUAAAUAAAUUUUGUGAUAUUUACAUUUCCAGCUUCUAGUCUCCUCUCUCACCCCUUUCAGUAUUGUCUCGCGCGGUUCCAAUCAAAAGCGAAAAGCACGAAAGACGAGAAGUGUUACUGAGCUUUCCGUUCCGCACUUGACUAAAUAUAGCUACUAACAUGCAGGCCAAACAAAAGGACUAAUAUUAAGGACUUUCUCCAUUCCCGUUCUCCUACCCGUCGUCCCCUUCUUGUUGCCUUGUGGUGCCAGUCUGCCAUCUACAUACAAGACAGGAAUGGACAGGACCCCCAGAACAUCGGAUUGACUGUUCAGAGCAAAUCUGCUUUUAUCCAUUGUUUAUUAAAAUCAAUGCAAGCCAGAAGGAACGUGGGAGUCCUUGGCCUUUCCACAAAUAUCCGCAUAUAUUGUGUCCGAGAUAAUUAGAAAAUGUUUAGAUCUUUGGGAUGAUCAAUUUACAACUUUCCAUUUGAGCCGGUGUUUUUCGCUCUUUUUAGCCUAUUCUUUUCAAUCAUUUCUCAGUAACCGCUGUAACCUCUAGCUAUAAACCAGUUCAGUCGUUUUCCGCUUAAAUGUCACAAAAAAUGGUCAUCAGUCGCCAGCAAGUCUGAAAGCUCAACUUUGCAUCCACGCGGGUGUUUAUAAAGUUGUUUUUACUUUAAUUUUUCUACAUUUUUUCCCAGCAGGUGGAAACAUUAGUGUGAUUCCUAAUUACUUAAAGUUUUUUAAAACUAAAAAGAAUUAGAACAUUCACGGGGUAUAAAGAAAUUUUUGAGAAUUUUCGGAAGAUAUAUUCAGUCAAUUUUUGACGUGGUACUAGGGGAAAGACCCAAUAAAUGGCGACAAAAAGCCUGCGGGAUGCGUGAACAUUGGCACGCGUCCUUAAAAAUGAAUAUACGGGAAAAUGGCUAAAGCGCUGUAAACUGAUCGUUGAAGAGAUGAAAUCAGACAUCGAGAAGUUCAUUGUGAUUUAUUAUCGGAUAUUUUCCAACUUAGCGGAUGUUAAUUACAGGAUUCAGACGACAAACAACGUACUUCUCCGUGACUUGAAUCUAAUGAUCCCGUAGUGGAUCAGAAAGGAUUAUGACACGCAAGGAUAUUGUUUGAAAUGCUAAACUGUAAGUGCCACCGGCCAUUCCCUUCAUAGUCUGCAGAGGCGUUGCCCCGAUUCGACUCACUUUGGGUGACUGGAAGUCGCCAAAACAAGGAGCAAGGACCAUUUCAGGUCAAGACAGGUAAGCUUUUUUCUUUGUAGCCAUAUGUCCUUAAGAGCGCAAACUACAAAAUAAUGGCAAGAAAACGAGAUAAAUGGAUCAAUUUGUCACAGGCUAAUAAAAUAGCCCUGAAAUUAAUGUUUUAAUAAUCGUAGCUGCUUCCCUUCUUCGUAACUGCACGGAGAGUAUCUCUUUAAAGGAUUAAAUUUUUUUGCAAAUUGACUCUGGACAAAGGUUCGUUCCAUCAACUGCGAGAUUUAUUAUUUCCCAUUGCCAUGCACGUUUUUGAAAACAAUAAAAAGACCAAGAUUUCGGAACUUCUGCAGUUAAAAUGCAUCGUUUGGAGUUCUGAAUUAUGACCCAAAUUCUUUUAAAAUUACUGUUCCUCCAUCCCAAAAAAUAUAUAAAUUCUGGAAAUUACAUUUCACACCCUUUGUUUAAAGUUUCAUCGAUGAAUGGCCCGAAAAAACUUACUCAGAAGCUAUUAGAGCACUUGUGACAAUAUUUAUUAAUCACAGCCAAGGCCCUCAGGCUAUGGACAGAAAAUGGGUAGCUCUUUAUCAAACCGUUUUAAAACUACAACGAAAGCAAAUUUUUUUCUAUUUUUCUACAUUUUUAACGUUUGUGACUGACUGAUCCUUAAUUUUCUGUAUUAUAAUUCCCCAAGAGCGAGUAGAUAACCGUGUUUAAAAACCCGACUCCAGCAUGACCCCAGGAUAUAUCACUACACAAACAAGAGUAAAAGGACAGUUAUAUUACGUCAUUUGAUCUCAGCCACACACUAAUGCCUUCUCCAUUCAUUCAUUCAUUCAUUCUUUAUUUGCCAUAUAAUUAUACAAAAUUUUACAAUGCAAGGUUGGAAUAAAAGGAAAAAGUUAAAGAGAAAGUAAAUGGCGAAAGAAAGAAACCACGAGGCUUAUAAUGAGUCAGGUCUCCUCAACUUAAUAUAAUUCACAUGAUGGCUAACUUUGACCGCGGACUCUCUUUCUCUCUCACACACACACAUGUUAAAUUAAUUGAUCUAAUAAUCUACCUAGUCAAGAGCCAUAAUUAACACAAGAUAGUCCGUUGUUCACGAGAACAGUUUAGCAAAUCCUUUUUCGGAUUUCCCAAUCUAACGACAAAAAGGGAAAUCCAAAAAAUCCGGAUUUGGAUUUCUUAAUUGAAAUCCACCCUGAGGACGGAUUUCUCGGAGGUGAAAUCCGUUUUCGGAUUUCACGUUCGAUUGGGAAAUCCGGAUUUAGAUUUUGAAAAUCUAAAUCCGGAUUUCCCAAAUCUAAAUCCAGAUUUCCCAAUCGAACGCACCCUAAAAGAUAGGCGUUAAUUAUUGAAAGUAUCGUUUUAAGUGUGUUAUGCUGAUGAUUGAAAAGCAGAAUUAUUUAAAAGCGAGAUCAUAAGAGUGAUUCACUACUUAAGGUAGAUGGGGCUGUAUGACGAAUCUUGUUUAGCGUAACCAGGAUAAAAUCUUCAAAUCAGAUAAAGCGUUCGAUUCAGUGGCCACUAUUCAUGAGGACCCGCAAACGACUUUCUUUUGCACACCAGCUGACGCCGGCGUUGUUAAGGACGCUAGGUUUUGAGUGACAAGCAAUAAGCCUCCUACUGCGAAAAGCAAUUAGUUUCUUCACCGUUUGAUCCAGCCAUCAGUGGUCAGUAUUAAUAUUCGAUAAAGCGUUACAUUUUUUAACAAGAUUAAGGCGGCAUAUGGCGAUAGAGUAAUUAGAGAAGAGUUUACAUAUUUAACAUAUGCCUGAGAUUUGCGUUCUCAGCUUACGAGUUAUCCAGAAUAAUCGCGCAUAGCCUACGACUCAAGCGUUGUCUUUCUGGUCUUUGCCAGUAUUAAAUGUAGCGCAGUUCCAUAUUGUACUGAAUGUAUUGAAGGUCGCAGAACUCAUACAGAAUCGGACGAACGUUGCUAGAUAAAAGCGUUGGUUCAAGAUGUUGAUUAUGUAUAACCCGCAGUCCAUGAACACACAGCAUACUACUCAUCGUAAAGGAAAGAUAGAUGCCAAAGCAAAUUGCAAUCAUUGAUCUCCGAGGCUUUGUGUGUACAGAUUCAACCAAUUUUUUGGCCUGAGCUUGCUAAACUGCAGUUUCCGCAGUGAGUCACUUCACGAACGCGCUGGUGCGUUGUACUCGUACUUUUAUGGCCUCUCUCUGAUGGAAUCUUGUACAUUCAACGCACUAUAGUUAAAAAUCUAACCAAAACAAUGGAAAUAAUAAUUGACGUUUUCUUUAAAUGGAAGAAGUGUGACAUUAUGAUUUGAACUCUGAUCGAAUAAAGCUAGCAUUGCAGUCUUGAGAUGAUCAGUAAAGGAUGGUGUGUGCGUCUGGGUAGGUUUAGAGGACAUCAGGAGAAGAAGAUGGUCUUCCUAUGCCUUGAAAAUGUUUCUGAGCCUGACGAUAUAACGAUAAACGUGUAAGUGGUAAUAUUCAUCGACAGUCUGGUAGGCAUUUUGAUGUAGAAAACGUUAGAUCUUCUAAUCCGACUGCAUUUGUUGGUGACUAUUAUGCUUGAUCUGGUGUCAAUGAUGUAAAGAGUGUGCAAACGGGCUACACAAGAAAAAAUUUCCGUUAUUUAAUGACGGAUUUGCGGAAAUACUAUUGUUAGUAGUAACUAGGCCUAAAUUCUUAAAGAUGUCAUAGUAGAGGCAGAAAACACAAAGACCAAGCGAUCAAAUGGAUUCGGUCGAAUAGUGAAAUCGUCAUCCCCCCAAAACGUGUCCAAAGCCCACCAAAAAUUACCAAAGCUCGCCGUUGCCGCUAUUUAACUCGUUAUCCAGUCAAGAAAAAGCUAUGUAUUGCAGGAAAAUGAAAGCGCUUGCGCACAGAAGAAAAUCAAGGGUUAAUAUGUCUGAUAUGUUUUAGCUCGAGUAAGCGAGUGUUAUUGUAAUGCCAUGGUGUUCUAAACUCCUAAGUGCGAUUUUUAAAGCAACAGAAACACUACGUAGGUAGCGCGCCCGUGAUUCUGUGAGUUAGACACCACCGUAUUAUCAAAUCACUUGCGCACAGAAGAAAAUUAAUGGUUUAUAUGUCUGAUAUGUUUUAGCUUGAGUAAGCGAGUGUUAUUGUAAUGCCAUAGUGAUCUAAACUCCUAAGUGCAAUUUUUAAAGCAACAGAAACACUAGGCCUGACUAGGUGGCACUUCCGUGAUUCUGUGAGUCAGACACCACGGCAUUAUGAAAUCACUUGCGCACCAAUUGGAAAUAUAAAGUUUAAUAUGUUUUAGCUUGAAUAAGCGAGUGUUAUUGUAAUGCCAUGGUGAUCUAAACUCCUAGGUGUGAUUUUUAAAGCAACAGACACUUGGUGGCGCGCCCUUGAUUCUGUGAAUUAGACACCACGGUAAUAUGAAAUCACUUGCACACAGAAGAAAAUUAAUGGUUUAUAUAUGUCUGAUAUGUUUUAGCUUGAGUAAGCGAGUGUUAUUGUAAUGCCAUAGUGAUCUAAACUCCUAAGUGCAAUUUUUAAAGCAACAGAAACACUAGGUCUGACUAGGUGGCACUUCCGUGAUUCUGUUAGUCAGACACCACGGCAUUAUGAAAUCACUUGCGCACCAAGUGGAAUUAUAAAGUUUAAUAUGUUUUUUAGAUUGAAUAAGUGAGUGUUAUUGUAGUGCCAUGGUGAUCUAAACUCCUAGGUGCAAUUUUUAAAGCAACAGAAAGUGGCGCGCCCUUGGUGAAUUAGGCGGUAACACCACGGUAAUAUGAAAUCACUUGCACACAGAAGAAAAUUAAUGGUUUAUAUAUGUCUGAUAUGUUUUAGCUUGAGUAAGCGAGUGUUAUUGUAAUGCCAUAGUGAUCUAAACUCCUAAGUGCAAUUUUUAAAGCAACAGAAACACUAGGUCUGACUAGGUGGCACUUCCGUGAUUCUGUUAGUCAGACACCACGGCAUUAUGAAAUCACUUGCGCACUAAGUGAAAAUAUAAAGUUUAAUAUAUUUUAGCAUGAAUAAGCGAGUGUUAUUGUAAUGCCAUGGUGAUCUAAACUCCUUAGUGCAAUUUUUAAAGCAACAGAAACACUAGGUGGCUUGCCACGGGAUUAUGAAAUCGCUUGCGCACCAAGGUUAAUAUGGCUAAGGGUUUGCAUGGUGUGAUGCGGUUUUGCGUUAUUUUCGGCGCGGUUUUGCGGUAAUUUUUAUUUUAACUCGCGGUAUUGCGGUUUCAAAACACUAAGCGGUUUGCGGUUAUUACAACCUUUAAGUCGCGGUUUUCGGUGAAAAAAAAAGUGUCUCCGGUGAUAACACUCUUUUGAACGGUCGGCAUCCGGUUGUUUUGCAAGCGCGAGCAUCAGGGCCCAUUAUAUUAGCUUACAAUUUAACCCUGUGGUUUGCAAUUACGGCCUUUUUCAGUUAAUACUUAAUGUGAUUAACAGUUUUGGUCAAUGAUUCGUCGACUUCGUUAAAUUCCAUGCCGGAUGUUAGUUCGUACAGCCGUACAGCCUCGUGUUCUCAUUGCUUUGAUUCGACAAUGGCAACUGAGGUCGUCGAGGUCGCAACUGAAAGCGAAGAGAACGUAAUAAUUAAUUGCGUGGCAAUCUUCUAUGAAGAAGGAAAGGAAGGGGAGAAUUUCAGAAGAGCUGUACGUUUUAACAAUCGUCUUGUCCACUGAACGUGAACUCUUUACGAGACAAAAAGGUCACAAUUCCAGAAGAAACAUUUAUUCCGCGUUCCACAACUAGCACAGGGUCGUCCAAAGUAAUCAGUCAACGAAUGUAAGACAUACAGGAUCAGUGACAGCGUUUCUCAAAGUCAAGGGAGAUAUCAAUACUCGUUCAAGUACAUGACUAGCAUACUUGGCAUUUGGUUAGUAGUAAAUAGAGUAUAAUAGUGUAGUACAAUAUAUCGUUAGCGUUAUGAUGGUAUGUUUAAUACUAACGCACAAUGUUAUUAGAAUAUAUCACAAGUCUUGCCGACGUCAGCUUUCAUAUUGUGGCCUAAAUGUACGCGCGGUUUCGGUAUUCGGGAAAAAAUCCGAUGCGGUUUGCGGUUUUUUGGCGUAUUUCUGGGCGGUUUUGCGGUUUUCGGACCCCCCUUACGCCCCCUCCAGAAACACUAGGUGGCAGGCCCGUGAUUCUGUGAAUCAGACACCACGGCAUUAUGAAAUCACUUACGCACCAAGUGAAAAUUUACAGGUUAAUAUGUUUUAGCUCGCGUAAGCGAGUGUUAUUGUAAUGUCAUGGUAUUCUAAACUCCUAAGUGCGAUUUUUUAUGAAAUCACUUGCGCAAUAACUGGAAAAUUAAGGGGUAUACAAGCUAUGAAAGCUAUAUGUCUGUUUUAGAAUGUUUUGUAAUUGGUCAUUUUCUUGUAGGAGACCCUCCGCCAGUAAUAUUUUUCGGCGUUUAUUAGUAAAAGAUUUGUUUUUUCGUUACAAAUAAAACACAAGUACCAAAAUUCCCAUUUCCGGCACUUUUUGUGCGUCCGGAAACUGGAAAGAACAGUACGUAAUCGGUUAUUCGGAAGAAGGCUUUUCUCUUUCUUUCUGAUAUUUAUUUAGAAAAAUACUGUUGCGAUCCGUUCACUGAGAAUCUCUGCUAAUGCGGUUACAUUUCGAAAACAAUAUUUUUGUGGUCUCGUGUUCUCCUCGCGGGCGGCCUUUUGCUUUUAAUCACCUGCAGACUUUGAUUUGGUUUUAGUUUGAUUAUUUUACGUCGUAGUUAGAAAGAAACGUUUCGGCGUGGCCCACACAAUGUAAAUAAAUUUGAGUAAAGUGGCCGAGUGUUCUGAAGUUGCUCUGAUUGAAAAGACAUUUGUAAUUUUUACAGUAAAAUCGAUGAUGUAUUUACGGAAGUUUCGGUUAUCGUUAGAGGAGACAAAAGCAUAUUUUGAUUGUGUUAAUUGCUCCUGUCGGAAUAAAAUGUCAUAUGAGUUAGCGAGAUGAACACACGACGACGUGCGAGUAAUAAGUUCUAGGGAUUUCCGAUAUAGUUCCCGAUCUUCGAUCCUGCGCUAUGUUGUCAACACUUCCUUUGUUUUAUGUUGCGCUGUCGGUCAAUUCAGAUGACCGGCGUGCACGUUUCCAAGGCUUGCGGGUGAUCAUGAAGACCAUUAUUCUCUCCCUGGGGGUACUGCCAUAUAUGGGCUAUAUAGGUAUGUGCCGCUGUGAAGGGUAUGGUUUUCAAGCAGUUUACUCUAGGAUAGGGUAUAUAAAUCAGAGCGUUUGGGUCUAGAAUAGGGUAUCAUUUUUCAGGAAACUGAUCAGUUGGUUGAUGAUUCUAUCUAGACUAGGGAUUGUGGUAUAAGGUUUUGUUUUGGCUAGACUACUGUGCUAGUGACCUCAGUGGUUUCUAGAAAACAGCUACUCUAGAAUAGGGGGGAUUUGGGGAGUUUACUCUAGUAUAGGGUAGCAAAUUCAGCUGAACUUGCUCUGGUAUAGGUUAAGGGUUCCAGGGUGCCAGCGGCACAUCCCCACCCAGAAAUUCCCAAAGUACUCCCCCGGGUUCUCUUCGUUCAUGCUCCUUCAGGUUUGGGAAUUGAAAGCGUCCUACGCACGCCAGUCUUCUCCAUUCGAAGUUUUUGGUCUUUCCAACGCGAAAGUUACAGAAUUGACUGACAAAAUUCCUAGUUAAAGUUAUUGGUACUUCCGUAUCGCAGGGACGAGCGCAGAAAUUCCAUACUGAUGACGCAUCACUACCCAGAUUUGGGUAGUGAUGCGUCGUCAGUUUGGUGCCCCCAACUGGUUGAAAAUUUGCUCCAACAAAUCAGAAGCACUACCCAGGUUUGGGAAGUGAUUUCCGCAGUUUGCUAUUAUUUCUGCGCUGCUUCCUUAGACGUCAUUUCGCGGGGAAAUCGGCAAGUGGUGGCGUCGCUGAAACGUCGGCUUUUUUCUCAGGCUGCCUUCUACUAAGAACCAGAUUGUUGGCAAGUGUUGGUCCUGUUAGUGACAAAAUAGCGACUAAAAUAAGAAAUAACAUACAAGUUCAUCCAAAAUAUUCGACAAAUAAAUUGAGAACCGGAUCGAGUAAAGCACAUGGUUGAGCCAGUGUUUCAAUUGUCAGCUGUGUUGAUGAACCACAACCACAGUGGCAAAACCAAGGCAAAACGUCCUAAGGUAAAGUUCAUAUGAUAGUAGUCACGACUGGGGAUUAAAAAAGCUUAUUAUCUAUAGUACUUUCAAUGCUUAUAGCUUGUUUAGGACCACCACCAAGUGCCAGGGAAGUGCGAUUUGUGAGAUCUUCGUCUACUUGUGGCUUUCUUUAAUAAUAAUGAUAAAAAAUGCUUCAAUCUCGACCAAUCUCCUCAUAUAAAUCAAACUGAUUUUGAGGUACGUCAGUUACAUGUAAAUGAAAAUUUGUUUCAAUCCAGUUCUCGCGCGUGACUAACUGAAGGCGUUGUUUCUUACGUGGCUCAUAUCCAGUUAAUGUUUAUGUGCUAAUAGAAAUUCUUUUUGAAGAGACGACCACAAUUUUAAACUGGAAUAAAUUGUUUUUUAAAAUCUCAUUUUUAAAUUGCUUGGUGCUCGAGUGUUUGUAUUAUAAAACUCGAGCCUUUAUUUUCAUGUUCCGUUAUCUUAAACAUCGAGGGAAUUAGAGAUCAAAAAUAAAUGUCUUAGUUGCUCAUGAUGGAGGAACAAACAUUCCUCUUGGAGAUUCAAUCUCGGUCCUUGCUCGAGUUGAAGAAAUAUGGAGGUAAAGAGCUAGACGUAACCUUGUGUAAUAUUAACUCCACAGUCAAAUUUGUAGUCAUAUCAAUAUCGUUGUAACGGACAAGAAUCUCGACAAAAUUAAUUCUAUUUACUUGUGCCAGACGGCAAAAGCGACGUACGAUCAAGGUAAGGCAAAAUCCCGCGGAUACUUUUGUUAUCCGUGGCAGGUGUAUCCUCAAGACGCUCGUACCAGGAAAAGACAGCAAAAGCUGAAUUUUUCUUUUCCUGGUAUGGUUACUUGUAGCCUGUAAACAGACGUUGUUUUACUUUUCUUUUCAAAAACAUUGGUGAGCUCGCGAGCGUAGCGGGCGCGCGAGAAUGAGCGCGGAGCGCGAGAAAGAAAUAUAAAGAACGAGGGUGCGAAAGGAUAUCCUAUAAACGCAAGCGUGAAAAUUUGGGACUUCACCAUUCAGGGGAAGAAUCUUUUCAAUUUCGUACGUUUUCUCGAAGUACAAAUCCACUGUCGCGUGCGUUUAGGUUAUAUGCGUUGCAUUAUGUCAACUUGGUAGAUAAAAUUCGAAACCAUAUACUGUACCAUAUACUGUAUACUGUAUCAAUAGAGCCUAUAUGUAGUUACUUGGAAGUAACCUAGCCUGCUUACAGACCCUCUAUUUUCUCUUCAGAGAAGCAGUCUAAGGAGGGUCUAAGAAGACAUGCUUCAACAAACAGAGUAUCAUUGUUGUUUCAUUGUAAAAUACUUAAGCCAGUAAUUGGCACUGCGAACGCGGAGGUGAUAAUGAUGAGGCGUUAACAUGGGGGAGGGACUUAAUACACUUCUUUUUCCCCAAAGAUGUCUAUAGGCGUUCUUUAUUUUUCUUCCUCGCGCUCCGCGCUCGUUCUCGAGCGCUCGCCGAUGUUUUUGAAAAGAACGAUAAGAAAAAUAAAACAACGUCUGUUUGCAGCUAUUUAAAACUGAGCACUGAGUAGACUUUGAGUGUAGCUAAAUGUCGUGGGUCGUGGGUAGUGGGUAGAGGUCGUGGGUCCCGGGUGUGGGUGUGGGUCGUGGGUGUGGAUAAAUGUCGUUGGUAAAAAAAAAGUUUUCCAAAAACAAAAAAAUUUAAAAAUUAAAAAGCAAAAGGUUGUAAAUUAAUGAAACGAAAAUCUCCGCAUACAUACCAGUCCUAUUCCCCGUCCCUGUGGUCAUUAAAGCAAAUACGCGAAUCCUUUAGUACAAACGGACACUAAAAAGGAAUCGAAUUUACCGUAAAUGAUCGAUUAAGCGUCGUGGUGCUUAUACGAGAGCGGCGCUUAUUUCAACUACGGGUAAAACACUGAGGGGAAUAUAGAGAGAAUUAAGUGAGGCGAGUACUAGGUAUGCACAAUUUAAUAUAAAAUAUGUACACCUCGAACUGUUAUAUGAAGACCACAAUAUGAACUGCAGCACAUACUACCAAGUCCACGUGGCUAGUACCUUACGCAUGCGCACGGUUAUAUCACCCCGGCAGUGGCAGCCAUGGACAGCUGUUUCGUCCUUGUUAGGACACAGGUAACCCAGGCUUACUGUUUGUGUCACGUACGGAUUUCAUAACAUGGUUAAAUAUAGAGAACAUAUGGGGCGAAGUUUAGGUCUGGAAAUUUGCUAGAAAUGAAAAUAAAAAUCGUUGAAACUUACCAUGUGGCGAAUUGUUGUUGUCCUUAAUACCUACACAAAGUUUCGGGAAAAAGAGUCUGCUUCACCUUUCCUUCAUAGUGUAGUGGCCACUAUACUAUGCAUGAAAGGCGAAGCAGACCAUUUUCCAGAAACUUUGAGUUGCCUGUGGUUAGGACUCAGCAGCAUGGUAUAGCCAGCUGUUAUGUGAACCCGAUUUUAAGAGUUUCCCCACAUUUAAAAAACUUUAGAACUCACGAGUUGGUCGGGGUCUGAUUUCUCUCACGAUUUGGUUUUCAUAUCCCAGUCUCUCAAGCGCCGUAACAAAGGUGGGGCGUUCAUUUGUAAAUACCCAAUUAGCGCCGCGGCGCUUAUUCGAGAGCAGCGCUUGUUAAAUUAGUUUUAUUAAAGGUGCGGUGCUUAUUCGAGUAGCAGCGCUUAAUCAAUAAUCGAUCAUUUACGGUAGGCGAAAAAUAAAAGAAACUCUGUGAACUAUGUAACACCUGACGCAGGCUAAAGAAAAAGUGGAGACUGAACUGCUUUUUUUCAAAGACGUCCACAUUCGUGACUGAAACAUCCUUUCAGCUUAAGAAAUGAUAUAUUCAGAGUCGUUACAACAAAGAUUUUGUAUACAAAACAAAACAAAAAAGGAUCUAAAAAAUUAUAUUUCCCUACGGCAACAAAAUAUACAUACAGUCUCGCCUUAACUUGAAAGGUUGAGCUGAGGGACCUAAAACUUCUUUAAAAAAGACUUCUAUCCAAAAUUAUGAUGGCUCAUAAUUGCCCUUUUUUCUGCUCACUUUCCCACUCGCCUUCCAUCGUGUAAUUUGGUCGAGUGUGUUGAUUUCAGUGACUUGAGUGGCUUUACUGUGGGCUGGUUUAUAAUUUUUUCCGAAUUAAUAACAUAGAGCUUAAAUGUUCGUUUGUCCGGUGCCGAAAAUAUCACUGGUCGUGAUGAAAUGGCGCCGAGCCUCACAUCACGGUAGAUUUACUUUGUGGCACAAUGGUAACCUGCGAUCAGGCGAUUUUUUUUUUUUUUUUUUUUUUUGGCGGGGGAAAAAAAAUCGCCUGAUCGCAGGUUAGCACAAUGGCCGCCGAGCUACACAACUCGGUAGAUGUACUUUGUCGCACAGCGGCCGCCGAGUACACAACUCGGUGGAUUUACUUUAUGGCACAACAGACGCCGAGCUACACAACUCUGUAAAUUUACGUUGUGGCACAAUGGCCGCCGAGUUAAAUCAACCCGGUUUGAUGCAUGCACCAGGCGUCGCACACAUUUUUCAAAGACAGUGACGAACCAUGCAGAAAAAUAUGAAGGCUCAAUCCAAAGUAAAAUUUUACUCAGGUUGUUUGACUUCAGCAAACUUUUUAAAGAUGAACGUUUUGGAAGAGUCAGCAAACACAGAUCGAUAGUAGACCUUCAACAAACUCUUGAAAUUACUUUUUACUUACUUUUUAUUCAGCAAACUUUUAAAAGAUGAACGCUUUAUGAAGACAGAAUAGCAGACCUCAGCAAACGUUUGAAAGAUGAACACUGAGGACACACGGUUCACCAAAGUAAGGCAAAACGUAAGCAAGCGCCUCAAAGCGAGGCAAAAAUGUGUCGACACAAAUGCAAUCUCAAAAAACCUCGCUUAUUGAUUGCACAGGACACCCAAUAAUGCACAAAUCACCUCGAACGCAAUAAUUAAGUAUACCGUUAUCAAGUGGUGACAUGGUCGUGUUGAGUGGCUUUGGCAGAAAACCGGAUACCAUAUAUUUCAUUUAAGUGACAUCUGAGUGUCGACUUGCAUGAAUGGCUAUGACUAUUACUAUACUGCUCCAGGGUUUUUAUUUGUAGCUGUCUUAAUGUCUCACGAAAAGAAGAUUGACAAACAGAAACGCAAUACUUCAGUCAAGAAAUUACCACCUGGGAAUUUAUUACUAUUAUGAUAAAAGCUGUGGAAAAUAUGUACCGAAAUUUGUUUGUGUCUGACCGACAAUAGUCGAUUGAGGACAACAUUAAAUAAUAAAAUAUGUUUGUGAAAAUGGAGUAUUUUCCAUCUUUAGGCAGAUAAUUCCGGAUAAUAAAGAUAUAUAACUGAACGGCUGUCAGGCUCAUUUGAAUUAAGAGACCAAAAUUAGUUUCCUCAUAAAGCCUUCUUAAUCUCUUUCUGACACUCAGCUUCUCAUUUCUUGGCACUUGACAAAUUUACGAAUACCUUUAACUUAUUUGGCUGCGUUAAGCAGGAGAGGGAGAACAUUUAUAACUCUGGAAAUCAAGCAAUUUGCUUGCAGCAUAAAGGUACACCUAUUUCUUAGCUUGAAAAUUACCUGAAAUAUUAUUGAAGUUUGUGACAAGAUGCUACAUUUCCCUCUCAUGUAAUAUUAUUAAGACCUUAAAGUAAAACCAUUUUUAAAGCUGGCCUAGAUCUACCCUUUCUAUUUUUUCAUUUACCUUGAAACUCUCGUACAAAUAUAUUAUUUGUAAAAUCAUUUUAUGGCAUUUCCUACAAGAGACGCCUCCUUAAACGUUUAUCAAGCCAAAAAAAGUCACCUUGAACAGUGGCUUCAUCUUUUUCAUCUAUGUAUGCAAAAUAUCUCUUACUAGUACAGGGCUUCCUUUGAAUAUGCUUAGGUUUCUCUUUAACCUAUUUAUAGUCAAUAUUUCGUUAACAACCCUUACGAUAAGUAACGUAAAGAUUAGAAGCAUUUUAUUAUGCGUUUUGGAAAAUUUUAUCAUAGAAAGCUAAAAAUAAUCGCUGGAGACCCUGAAUAAGCAAUACUUCUGGUGAGUUUGACACUAUUUAUUUUUUUAAUAAAUUCCGUAUUUUACUUUUGGGUAUUUUAGGAUUAACAUUAUCAACCGAUCGUAUCACCACUUUUUUCCGAUCCCAGCUCAUCAGCCAUAGAUAAAAGAGCUUUUUAAUUCUGAGAGUGUGGCUGCGUGGAUUGAAAUUUAUAAUAUUCUCUUAUCCGGCGUUAGUUGAAACCCAAUAUCAACAUCUUCUAUGACUUUAUAGUAAAAUAACACACAACGCGUAAGAACUAACCUAAUGGUGCUGAUGUAUUUAAGCCGUAUCUUUAAAUUACUCUGUAGUUCGUUCUUCCCUGACUUAGCAUUCUGGGGUUAUUUUAUGUCCAGAAUGGAACAGAGUAAUUCUUACGUUUCCGCAGUAGAAUUAGUCUGAACCUGAGGCUAUAUCCCCACGCGUCUGUUAGCGAACUUUUGCUUUCACAGCUGUCAGCACCACAACGAUAUUCAUCUCCUUUACGAACUUAUCUUCUCUUAAGACUGUUUAAGAAAGAUAUUUCGAAAAUUAAAAGUUUAUAAUAUGAUCGUUUACAUCAUGUGGUUAAACGUGGAGAGUAAGUUCGUAAUGAAUACAAAGUUUGUAUGCGUUUACUCGGUUUGCAAACUUGAAAGGAUUGAAGAGGAUAUAGCCUGAGAGCGGCCAACAACACUUACUAAGACUGGACCUAAAUAAGAAUUGGGAAAAUAGCUCUCAUAAAUCUAAUAAAUGUUGAAAUUUUAGAUCGACAACGGUCAGAAGCUGCCUUGGGAAUGGCUACAGCAAGCAAUUAGAAAUAAAUCCUAUAUUACUUAUCUUUUUCAUACUCAAUGUCUGCUAUGAAUUUAUUAAAAUCUCCUCUCCUUUUGCCGUCAUGGUGGGCUAUAAAUCUUUUAGAGAUAUUCCUGCCUAUACUUUGGGCAUACUGAAACCCUUAUAAUUUUAUCUUAAAUUUCUUCUUCGCUUCGCUUGCCACCAGUCGCUACCGGAAUAUUGAAUAGCAAAUUUCUGAAGGAGGUGCGCGGAUUGACAUGAAGUUAACAAACUAGUCCCUCUUCUAUACACAGCGAUCCCAUAUCUUGUUGAAUGUGCGAGUUUUGCUCUUAAGUUGAUGUGUGAGGGUCUGUUUAAUAACACUUUGUGUUUAACAAUCAGAUCAUGGCAUAAGAAAAAUGAAACAAUCGUGUUUCAAGCGUAGAACAGCGAAAAAUGUGAACAAUUUUUCAAUGCAGUUCAGUUACCCGCGCGAAUUGACAGCCUGAGGAUGAUCACUUUCAACGCGACAGGGCAGUCUGUAAAUGAUUUUAGCUGGCUCGUUUGACUUCCUCAAUUUGGCGAAUUUUGAAUGGAAUUCCUAAUGCUUUUAAUGCUGCCUUAUUUACUGCUGUCACUUCUGCAUUUAACGGUAUCAUAACAGUGUUAAAAUGGAAUAACAAAAUGAAAUAACAUUAAGUAUGCAUUUACUAGCUAUCGCGACCACUAAAUAGCGUUAAUGAUGCCGUUGGCAAAAAUCUGAAAAGAAUCCGAUGACAGUAUUUUUUCUAAACUCAAACAUUUAGAAACUAGUGUGUUGAAAUACAUUAAGACCGUUCCACUUCCUUCCUAUUAACAAGACCACUAAGCGCCAUCCUCGCUAUACCCUGCGCCCUCACUUGGUUAUCUCUAACAAUUUUUUGCUGAGGUCUGAAACCCUGACUAUAAAAGCUAUUAAACAAACAUUCAUUCACUCAGUUAUAGUAGACACUUCCUUUUAAACAAUUAAUAACUUCCCGAAAACUGAUGCUGAUGCUACAGUUUGGUUUUUUCUAUAUUUUAACCAGUUUAUGUCCAACAACCUAAUACAUCGUCUCCAAUUUCAUUUUGACAUGUAUUCAGACACGUAAAGAUUACGCGAUAAUUGAAAUUCACCUCAUUUUAUCUUUUAUUAAUGCAGGAAAGUACAUCCUCACACAAUUAAUGCAACGAAUGAGAACCACUUUCAAAACCCUGGCGAAACGAGGUCGCAAUUUGUCCAGAUUGAAAACAGUUUAUAUGUAAUACCUUGCUACUACAUGUGGUCAGAGCAUAUGAAACAAGACCAAAGUUUUCCCUGCGUUUGGCUCGGUUUCACGCAAGAUGCUGGCGCUUCGAUCAAUAUUUUUGUCUCAGUAUAUUUUCCUUUUACAUUUUUGUCUCAGUAUAUUUUCCUGGAUGUUGCAAAUCUCUCUUAUUUUCCUUCUAAAAUGUCUUAAAAUGUAUCAGUUCAAGUAAGUAGAAUCCCAACACGGCCUGUGAUGAAUAGCUUAUGCUAAAUAUACGUAGUGUGUGUGUCUUGUGUAUUUCAUUGUUGUUUUUAAUUUAAGUGUGGUUACUUUUUGUAUAGCUUUCGAAGAGGUGAAACUGAAGUCCUGUUUGAGCAGGGCUUAACUUACACUGAAAAUUUUUUCAAGAGCUGCUAAUUUAUCUCCGAUUAUAGCAUAAAUGUUUAUGAACAGUUACAUGUAUGGUGAGGACACAACGGCACAAUCAUUGUAAUUUUCCGUUCUCUCUUUCUUCUUCUUUUCAUUUCAUUUGCUUAAUUUUUAAUUUAUAUUUUUGUAUUAAAUUUUCAGCGUUCAAACCAUGGGAUUAAUCUGGGAAAAAGAGUAAUCAUCCAUGCAUAUUGAGUCAAAAAAAUCUUAACCCCAAGGCCAUUGCCUCGAAGCCUUUGAUGACGAACGACAGUGCUAUGAACGCAACAAACCCAAGGCAAAGCUUUCCAGUGGCAUUCCAUGUAGGAGCAGCUACUUUUACAGUCAUCCUGGUUCUUGGCACCAUAUUUGGCAAUGUCCUCGUCAUCGCCGCAUUUUCACUACACUUGCGCAUGCGUACUGUGACGAACUAUUUUGUGGUGUCUUUGGCGUGUAGUGAUCUCUGCGUAGCACUAUUCUCCAUGCCGGUGUGGGCGGCGUACCUACUAACCGGACCCAUGUGGGUACUUGGAGAAACGCUGUCACGUGUAUGGACCGUGAUAGACAUAUUGAUGGGGACAGCAUCAAUAAUGAAUCUCAUGGCCAUAAGCUUUGAUCGAUAUCUCUGUAUAACAAGUCCCUUACGUUAUCUGGAAUUGAUGACUACGUCAAGAGUGAUUUUCAUAAUCGCUUGCGUUUGGAUUUCUUCGUUGGCUAUUGCUAUUGCAGGCUUUAUUCUCUACGAUGAGCCGAUCUUUAUGCUGGUUGAAAUGAUCCUGUGCUUUUGCAUCCCACUGGUGGUUAUAAUCAUCGCGUAUUCGAUUAUUUUUAAAGUGGCACUACGUCACAUAACACAAAUACAUACUGCAAUGCCUUCGCACAACCAUGACAGUCACAACAGCUUCAUGAAAGAACUUAAGGCCGCUAAGACACUAGCAGUGGUCGUUGGUGCUUUCGUGAUCUGCUGGGCGCCCUUUGUUACACUUAACGUAAUUUACAGCUUGUGCAGUCCUAUUCUGGGCUGCCCCUGCCCUGUUAUUAGUCCAGAAAUUAUCCUUGCUACAAAAUGGAUGCACUAUGGGAAUUCGCUGCUAAAUCCACUAAUUUAUGCGUUCACAAACAGAGACUUUAGGACGGCUUUCAAGGCUCUGCUGUGUUCAAGAAAUCGGUCUUUCCUAGAAUUGGCGUUGUCUGCAGGUCCAAGGAGAACUGCUGAGGCCGCUAAUAGCCUUCUAAUGGCAUAG